AUGAUUCAUUCAAAAAAGGCACUUUUUAAUAUGAAAUUGAUUCCUUCACAUUGGUAUUCUGAAGAAGGUCUUAAAAUAUUUAACAAAAGUCAAGAAUCAUCUGUUCUGGUAGUACAAAAUAAGAAUAACCCAAUUCUAACUACAAUUAUGACUGGUUCCAAUAAUGUUUUAGAAAGUAUUUUACAACGAUUUAUUGAUGAGCAAAUUUCAGUACAAAAUAAGAAUACAUCUGAGCAGGAGUUGAAUCAAAAAAAUAAUAGUUUUAGUAUUUCAAAUCUAUGUCAGCACAAAGAUGAAUUAUUGGAAUCAGGAUAA